GUGGAGGAGGUGGUGGAUGCGGAGGAGGUGGUGGUGGCUGUGGCGGAGGAGGUGGUUGUGGUGGAGGAGGUGGAUGCGGAGGUGGAGGAGGCUGCGGCGGUGGUGGAGGUGGAUGCGGUGGUGGUGGAGGCGGUGGCUAUGGCGGUGGUGGCGGCGGUCCAAUUAUUAUUAACUGCGGUGGUGGAAGAGGAGGCGGUGGAGGAGGUGGUGGUGGAUGCGGUGGUGGAGGAGGAUGCGGAGGUGGUGGAGGAUGUGGUGGUGGCGGAGGAUGUGGAGGAGGCGGCGGUGGAUGCGGCGGAGGUGGAGGAGGCUGCGGUGGAGGCGGAGGAUGCGGUGGUGGAUGUGGAGGAGGAGGCGGUGGAUGCGGCGGAGGUGGAGGAGGCUGCGGUGGAGGCGGUGGAUGCGGCGGAGGUGGAGGAGGCUGCGGUGGAGGCGGAGGAUGCGGUGGUGGAUGUGGAGGAGGCGGCGGUGGAUGCGGCGGAGGUGGAGGAGGCUGCGGUGGAGGCGGAGGAUGCGGUGGUGGAUGUGGAGGAGGCGGCGGCGGAUGUGGAGGUGGUGGAGGAGGCUGUGGUGGAGGUGGAGGAUGCGGUGGCGGAUGUGGAGGAGGCGGCGGUGGAUGUGGAGGUGGUGGUGGAGGCUGCGGAGGCGGUGGUGGCUGUGGAGGUGGAGGAGGAUGCGGCGGAGGUGGUGGUGGAUGCGGAGGUGGCGGCGGAGGAUGCGGUUGCGGAAGAAGAAAACGCUUGGCCCUCUUCCAAAGAACAGUUGCAAAAUUGUCUAAAGCAUAAUCAAAUAACAUCAUUUGAAGACAUUGCCAUAAUAGACAACUUAUUUUUGCUCCUUAUUCAUUUUGUUGUUUUCCCUUUUUUAAAGCCUUAUAGUUAUUAG